AAUUUUCUUCUUUUAAAAUACUUUAUCGUAUUAUAAUAGUUUACUUUUAGUUUCCAAAAUUUUCAGUUAUGCUUGUUGAUAUUUUAUUUUAUAUGUUAUUGAUAAAGCCGAUUUAUCGUAUGAGUUAAAGGAAGACAAUAAAAUCUAGUAGAGUUUCUAUCAAUUCUGUGGAUAUCACACAAAUUGGAAUGAAUCACUUAUAAAUCAGUUGUUUAUUCUUGCGCAUGCUAUGACAAUUUUUUCCCUUCCUGUUCUUCUUUUUAAUGCACCUGAUAGGUUGGUUUGGAUUCAUUCGGCUUCUGGUCUAUAUACAGCGAAGUUUGGUUAUUUUCAGGCCACAAUCAUAAAACCUGUAUCUUUAUCCAUUCAACUAUUAUCUUUCACAAGAAGUGAUUGGCAAACUUUAUGAUUUCUUCCUAUUUCACCACGGAUUAAAGCGUUUUUGUGGCGUGCUAUUCAUGGCGCUAUUCCUACGGGAGUUGCAUUAUCUAAAAACAGUGCCCUGUUGCCUUGAAGUGUAUUCAUUGUGAUGAGGCAGAAUCAAUGGAACAUCUUCUUUUUUUAUGUCCGUUUGUCCAACGAGAGCUCUUAAUUUUGGAUACUACAAAAGAUGCUUUGGGUUUAUGUUGCUAUAUCUGCUGGUCUAUCUGGAAAUGCCGUAACUUGCUUCUCUUUGAUCAUUCAUCUCAUUUCGAAAUGGAGGUGGUACCCUUGGCUAUUUAUUUCAUAUGCUGAAUUCAGUUCUUUGCCUCCAACUGUUCCAACUUCUUCUCCAACAACCAUGUUUACUUCAGCACAGGUUAGCUGGCUUCCUCCACCGUUGGGCUUUAUUAAGGUUAAUUUUGAUGUUGCUACCUCCUCUAUGCAUCAUUGCGGGUUUAUUGCAGCGGUUGCUAGGGAUUCAAAUGGGUUUAUUAUUAAUCGGUUUCAUGCUUAUUAUCGACAUAUUUGGGAUCCAAGUAUUUUAGAAUUUCGAGCUUUACGUGAAUCUAUCAACUGGGCACUUUCAUGUUGCUGGUAUCAUGUCAUCUUUGAGGGAGAUGCCCUUCAAACAGGUUGCGAAUUCGGGCGUUGUUUCGGAUUACAGAUCUUGGAGAAUUUGUCAAGAUAUUAGUUAUUUUCGAACCUGUUUUACUCACUGUUCUUUUACUUAUGUUAGUCGCCGUUUUAAUACAACGGCUCAUGAUUUAGCUUGUUCUGUUAAACAUUUGUACUUGAAAUU